UAAGGAAGUACGUACUCUUUCGCGCUCGUUAUCACAUUUGGCAUGUUUUAGUUUCACGUUCGGAGAAUGGAUGUGUUGUGAUUUGGUUUGUCCGAGCAUCGCGCGGAACAUGUCGGAGAUUUGAUGUCCUGUGAAUGUCGCAAAAGUGUCGUCUUUAUACGAGGGGUCCGCAGCGACUGUAGCUACAACAAACGAUGAUGGCAGAUGAGAAGUCUAAAGAUCCUCCUCAGCUUUUCACUUACUAUCAAGGCGAUAUCAACACUGCCGUGGAUGAGCACUUCUUCCGUGCCCUGAACAAGGCCACCAUACCAAAAGACUUGACCACGAAAGCUAAAGACAGCAAAAGGACCUUCAAAUCUGAUCUCCCCCAGUCAUCAUGGGCAUACCCCUACAACUCCUCAAAGCUGUCCCAGCUGACACCCGUUGACAAUGCACCUCAAUCCCAGGGGGUUAUUAUGAAUCCCCCUGGAUCAUCAUCAUCAUCACUCUGGACUUCUUCAUCCAGACAGGGUACAGCCUUUGAACUUCCUCAAAUGCUGUACCCACAGCCCAACGUUCCUCAGAGCAGCCCCAACACUUACCUGAACCUCUUACAAAUGGAUCGGCCCGCAGGGGGCAUCAUGAUCUCUCCCUUUUCAAAAUCAGAUGCCAGGCCAGAAUGGAAUGCUGGCACAGCCUAUAAAGACAUACCUGGAAGCAGAAUGGGCCUUGAUUCAGGUGUGCCUGUCACAGAAACCAGUAAGGAUUUGUACUGGUAUUGAAGAGGUGAUUUGUGGCUCAAGAGAUUACAUCAAGAAAUGUCCAUUUUGAGCAUUCUUAUAUUAUGUGAACUAAUGCAGUACUUUUGGACUGCUUUUACUGUGACUCACACAAUAACAUUCAUAUUAUUGUCAGAAAUUCCUUACAGAUGAAUUUAAGUUAAUUACUUUUUUUAGUCAUAAGUGUCUUAAGUAAGGUGGCUUUAAAUUUACAGCAUAGUAAAAUAUAAGGGAUUAGAAAUUUCACUUCUCAAUGUUUGACGGGUGAAUGGGGAAGUAAAACCUAUUUAUAUAAGGAGAUACACCUUGGCAAAGACAAUGUCUUUGCAUUUGAACAAUUUUUAAUAAACGUGUUGUAUAUAAAGUUCUGUUUUAAAAUAAAAUAAUAUUGCUGGA